UGAACUUUGUCCCUGAAGGGAGGAUAGGAGGGGCCAUGCAUCUCAAACAGGUUUACGGCUGCCUGUGAGCAAGUUUGGAACCUAUCCAUUUUGCAUGUCAAAACUGGAAUCCACACCCUCCAUCUCCAGACUGUUGAUCAUGUUCAGACACCUCCUUGUCUUUGUUUCUUCCAGCCGGCUUACAUUAGCUCCUCCAAACACUGACAUGAGCUGAACACACAUAAAUCUAAGAGGGAUAUUCUGCGAGCACUCAAGAGGAUUUUCACAAAGUUUGCAAUCUGAAUGUCCAACUGAAACAGUCUGAAGCAAUGGAGUCUCCAGACUUUUCUCUGUUGUCGUCCUUGAGGGGAGAGUUCAAAUCAGACGAUUACAUCCAACCCCAUUACAAAGAGUCCUAUCGCCUGGCGAUUGAUUGCCUGGUGAACAACGGCAGAGAGAGCUACCAGGAGUUCCUAAAGGGAGAACGUAUCGGAUGCUUCCUCUCAGAGGGAGAACUUCUCUUCAUCACUCUAAAUGCAGAACAGCUCCCUCCUCAGACACAUGCAGAGGAAAUCAGUGAUGGUCCACCGGACAGCCAAUCAUCCUCAGGAACAUACUGGCCCAUGCACUCGGAUAUGGAUGCACCAGAUUUGGAUUUAGGUUGGCCAGAGGUCAUGCAUGAUACACUGCAGACAAAUAUAGAUCUGCUCUUUCACCCCCCAAGACCAAACAACCCCACCAUCAAAGAGGUAGUGCGGAAGAAUAUUCAGGAAGCAAGACAGGUUAUUGCUAUUGUGAUGGACAUGUUCACUGAUGUAGAUAUAUUCAAAGAAGUUGUUGAUGCCUCUAUACGAGGAGUCCCAGUCUACAUCCUUUUGGAUGAUUUCAGCUUGAAAAGUUUCCUAAUGAUGGCUGAAAAUCAGGAUGUAAAAAUUCAGCAACUGAGAAACAUGAGGGUGCGCACUGUGAAAGGUCAGAGUUACCUCUGCCGAUCAGGAGCUAAAUUUCAUGGGGCAAUGCAGCAGAAGUUUCUUUUGGUCGACUGCCACACGACAAUAUAUGGUUCAUACAGCUUCACUUGGUCAUUUGAGAAGAUCAAUCUGAGCAUGGUGCAGGUCAUCACAGGACACCUGGUGAAGUCCUAUGAUGAGGAGUUUCGAACACUCUACGCCCGGUCGAGUGUACCAGCUGAACUGUGCCCCCUGGAGGGUUUGUUCCAACACAACGGACCACAUGAACAACAGAUGCUGCCAAAAUUUCAUUCUGCACAAAGAAUUGAGCGCAGGGACCAGUUGAGGCAUACUCUUGACACAGUCUAUAGGAAGACCUGUGAGAAGAAAGUAGGUACAAGAAACUUUGAAGAGAGACUCUUUGAUGAGGAGCCUAAAGGGCUUGGACCCUUGAUUGAGAAUGGGAUUGGCGUUCAUAAGCAGAUGCACCAGCUUCAGUCUACGGAGGUGACAAACUUCCUGAAAAGGCACAGCUAUGCUGGGGAGAGGCAAGAUGGAUAUAUGCCGCCCAACAUAAGGCCCAGAGCGAGCAACUGGAAUAUCUCUAGGGAAACAGGAAAUGUCACAAACAUCUACCCCAUGGACAAUUAUUUACAAGUUCCACUGAUAAACAGAGGUCCAAACAUACUUCAGUCUUACAAUUUAACUGACAAACAGGUUAUGUCCAUGCAGCAGAACAUGCCAACAACUGAGAAAACAUCCAAGUCCUUCAUGCGCACAUUGAGGAUUGAGUCUUAUCUCCAAAACCCUGACGUCCCAUUCAGAGACUCUCUUGACUAUUUAGACCAGUUUGAACCACUGGACAAAGCUAAUGCCUUCAUGCAGGCAAGAAUGAGGUCUUCCCUUGUUGUCAAGUCUACCAUACCAGAGCAAAUGGAGCCAGACAGAUUCCUAAACAGUUCCUCUGGUAUUAGCUCUACAGCAGCAUCAAACACACCUUUGCACUACUCAUCCAUGCAGUGGAAUCCAACUGCUGAAAAUAGAAUGAGCGAUGAAGAGUUCAUGUUAAAGAGAAAAAGUCUGCAGCUUUUGGAUGAUAAUUGGAAUAACACAAGCUAUGGUCCAGGGAGAAACCCUUACCAGUCUAUCUACACUAGCCUAGGCAGAACUAAAAGUGGGCACAUGAUCACAAACCCUGACAUCCUGACCGACAGUUGGCACAAAAGGCACAGUGUCGCAGACCCAAAGUCAAACAAUGAAUAUGCACAUGAAUCCUCAGGACACAUGUAUGAAGCUUUUGCAAGGAUGCAACUUAACAGAAGCACUGCAGGGAUCAAUGCACAGAAUGGAGGAUACGGGCCAAAUCUGAAUGAAGAUCAGAGGUCUGUCUCUCAAUAUGAUGCCAAUAGUAUCACAGGCACAAAGAGCACUAGUACUCACAUUGCUCAGGAGCCACCGUCCAGGACUGUAUCUGCAGCAGCCCUGCAUGCAAAUAGCACAGAUCUGACAAAUAAAUCCAAUCACGUGGGCACUCAAUAUUUUCUAAAGAGGAGUUCCAAGAAAAUAAAAUCUCUAUUGAAUGCACCGGAGAAAAAAGAGGAUUCAGUCAGAAUCAUGGAAACACCAAGCCUGAAGUCAAGUGGCAGUACAGACACCCUAACUCCUGAAGAUGAGGAGGGGAUAUCAGAUGGACAAAGAAACGUUCACCAAAGAGCAACCAACUCUGUCAAAUCCUCCUCACAACACCACAGGAGUCGGUCUGAUGAUGAAAAUUUAAAAUAUUCAAAACCUCGAUUCAGAGUUGAGGAGCACCGAAAUCCACUGCAGAGCUGUCUCCCCAAAACUACACAACAGAAGAAGCCCACUGUUCUUGACAGGAGCGCAAGUCUUGGCCUUGACAAAGGAAGCUGCAGCAAAGAUCGAGGUGACGAGAACCGCCUUUACAGCGGGGUUGAACCUCUUUGCUCAUUUGAAAAGAAACACUCUAUGAGCUCUGUGCACAGCUCUAGGGAGAAAAGCCUUCCAAGAGGUGAGGCAGCUAUUGAACACAACCUCACUCGGUCUGCGAGAACUCACCAUGAAAAUAAGCUGGGAAGAUUCUUUCAAAGAGUGGGAAAUCUUAUACACAAGAACAAGUAGUGACAUCUGUGGUAGCAUAAAGCAUAAGCUACACAUGUCACUUAUUACUAAUGCACAUUUGACUUUGACAUUUGUCUUUUGACGGUCUUUAUUUCUCUAUCUACUUUGAAAAAGGUUUUAGUUGUUUACUUUGUGACCUUAUUUUAUUGUAUACAGAUGCACUGGUGAAUGCCAUUAAAUGAAAAAUAUGUUUUGCAUGAAGACAUGGAGAAAACUUUCAUAUAAUAGAUUCCUGAAAUACCACUGCUGUUUUUAUGUUUGUCUUUCACUUGUGCCAAUCUGAAGCCAAAAAGUCAAACACUGGCCACAAGUACUGCAGAUGCAUAGAAGUUCAUGCAAUGGUCAAAAUGUCACAGAUGUACAUAACUUACUGCUGCAAGCCUGGUGUGUGUACAUGCCAGAGUGCUAUUGUUGCUUUAUUCAGCGAAUGUCUCAAUGUUGUUGGCAGGUUGAAGUGCUGCAAAACAUGCAUGUGAACCACCAAAUCAUAUAACACACACACGAUACAACACUUUCAUAACUUCUGUGUCACACAGAGGUUUCAUCAACGCUAUGUGCGUUGCAACAAUGUUGUAAAAUAGAUGUUUAAUUUUUGUAAUAAAUAUCUGGGCCCUUCUCAGUUUCACGAGAAA